CACCGCCAGAUGGCCUCCAGCUCUCUGCCGCAGAAACAACAGCUGUGCUGCUUCUCCAAACCAAACAACCACACACCGUCAGCCUGUCAGCCGGAGUCACCAACUCGCAUGGAUAUCUGUUCAACGCGCUCCCGGCUGGAGAUUAGAGGGUUUCCGCGGUCUGUUUGGAGGAACGGUUGGCUUUUUGUGUGAAUGUGAGUUUACAGUAGUCGCUCUUGAAUAAAGGAAACCUGUGAAACCUUUAGGACUGCUGUCCACUUCACCACAGCGCUGGGUGGACUGCACUGAGAAACUACCAUUCCCCACAUGUUCCCUCCACAGUUCGACAGCAUGGCUGCAGCUCUCACCAUGUUCCUCUUCUUCUUUCACAUCUUCACUGCUUCAGCACUGCAGUCAUCUUCUGAGCAAGUCCCACACCUCACUGGCUGUGUGUCCACCAACAUGGAGACUUUCCACUGCAGAUGGAAUGUCGGCACUUUCCAGAAACUCUCUGAGCCGGGAGAUCUCCGUUUAUUCUACCUUAACAAAAAACCCCCCCCUGCCUCUCCUAAAGAGUGGAGUGAGUGUCCUCACUACAGCACAGACAGGCCAAACGAGUGCUUCUUCAAUGAAACCUACACAUCCGUCUGGACAUAUUACAGUGUCCAGCUCCGCUCAAGGGAUCAAGCCACCCUGUAUGACGAGAUCGUUUUCCUCCUCCAAGACAUUGUGCAACCGGAUCCACCAGUCAGCCUGAACUGGACACUGCUGAAUGCAAGUGUGACCAGCACGUUUUACGACGUAAUGCUGAGCUGGAAGCCACCUCAGUCUGCAGACGUGGCGAUGGGAUGGAUGACGCUGCAGUAUGAGGUCCAGUACCGAAGAGUUGACUCUGACCGCUGGGAAGUGGUCGACCUUGUGAAAAGCACAGAGUGCUCCCUGUAUGGGCUUCAAACUAAUGUGGAUCAUGAGGUUCGGGUACGGUGCAAAAUGCAUGGUGGGAAAAAGUUUGGAGAAUUCAGCGACUCUGUAUUGGUCCACAUCCACUCUAAAGUGUCGAGAUUCCCUGUGGCGGCUUUGCUUAUCUUCGGUGCCUUGUGUUUAGUGGCUAUCCUGAUGUUGGUUGUCAUAUCGCAGCAGGAAAAGUUGAUGGUUAUUCUUUUGCCUCCUGUUCCUGGACCUAAAAUAAAAGGAAUUGACCCUGAACUACUCAAGAAAGGGAAGCUGAAGGAGUUGGUAUCCAUCCUGGGUGGCCCCCCUGAUCUGAGGCCGGAGCUGUACAACAGCGACCCAUGGGUGGAAUUCAUUGAUCUGGACAUUGAGGAGCAGAAUGACAGACUGACAGACCUGGACACGGACUGUCUCAUGGACCGCUCCUUAUCGUCCAACUGCUCUCCCCUCUCCAUUGGCUUCAGAGACGAUGACUCGGGCCGCGCCAGCUGCUGCGACCCAGAUCUACCCAGCGACCCGGAAGCGUCACCUUUCCAUCCUCUCAUCCGAAAUGAAAUCGUCAGUAAGGAACCAUCAGGCCCAGCAUCUUCUGAGCCAAACUCCCCGAUCCAAAGCCCUACCACUGGGGAGUCUCCUUUAGUAGCCCCGGGCAGAGAGGUGUUGUACACCCAGGUGAGCGAGGUGAGGUCAUCUGGAAAGGUGCUGCUGUCACCUGAGGAACAGACUGAGGUGGAGAAAACCAUUAACAAAGACACAGAGAAAGACAUCAUAGAAGAGAAGGAGAAAGAAAAGAUUCAGCUCCUGGUAGUGAAUGCAGAACACGGAGGUUACACCUCAGAGCUCAACGCAGGGAAAAUCAGCCCAGGGUUGUCCAUAGGGGACAUGGGAGAACCUUGUCAGACAGGAGGAAACUCAAGUCCUGUUCAGUCCCCGUCAUCUGGGGACUACCAGAGGCCUUACCAUGAAUCAGAUAGCAACCCCAUAUCCCCUCUUCCUCCUGCUCCUGUCUACACUGUUGUAGAGGGUGUUGACAGGCAGAACAGCCUCUUACUGACACCAAACUCAGCACCUGCCCCCCAGCUGAUAAUCCCAAAAACCAUGCCAACACCAGACGGCUACCUGCCCCCUGACCUUUUGGGAAGCAUCACACCGUAGAUCAGCGGUGAAAAGUGCAAAGUGUAAGACUAUUUAAUUGAAGGCAGAGAUAAGCUUGGGAACAGUCUUUAAGAUUGACUGUUGGCAAGGUUUAGUAUUGAAUGUCAGCUAAAAUAGUUGGGGGUGGGGUGGGGGGAAUCUGUGCCUGUCCUGCCACUACCUCUACCUCCUCUGACCUCCACUGCACUCUCUGACAAAGCUGUAAAGUCAACAUGGUUUGAAGUGUGAUUGAAUAAACAAAAGAAUGUGUUUUACUGCAGUUGUUUAAAGGGAACCGCUCAAAGGGAAAUAAAACAAUCUGGGCUUGGAAAUUGCCUCAAUAAUUCAACACUCUGAUACCUAAAUACCAAGUAUUCAAAAUAACUAUCUUUGUUCAAGUUGCAUUAAUCAUGUUUUGGCCACUGGGGGGCAGAAUAACCCACAAACAAGCUGACAGACACAGCCCUAAAACAUAAAUGCCUUAUAAAGCUGUUGCAAACAGUUGUCUGUUUACUCAUCAAGCAGACAAAAAGCUACAUGAUCAUUCAUUUGGAGUCUUCUUUCUGUCCAAUUGAUGAAUGUUAGUUCACUUUAACUGUCCAUCAUAUCCUGACAAAAAUAUCCGGCUCUUUAGCUGCUAGAUGCUCCACUUUUUUCACCAGCUAGUCCUUAAUUUUGUCUCUCUACUAUUUGGUGCUAUGAACUAAAAGAAGCUAAGAAGCUCUGUAGAGCUGCAGAGUCAGUGAUUAUUUCCUGUGGUUUUAUCUCUUGAGUAACACCUUUUACAGUAGAGGUAGUCAUUUCAUUAAGUGUUAAUAUAAAAAUGUCUAUUAAUGCAUGCACUAUUAAUGUUUUUAUUUUUUACUUAGUUUCUGGUCAACAGUGCAUUUAAUGCAAAUUUAAAGUUUGUGGUACACGGUCAACAAUAUUGAAUUUGUACAGUUACUGCAUUUUGACUGCAAGUGCUACAGUAGUUAUAAAUAAACAACUUUCCUACUUUUGC